AUGGGAGAAAACGUUGUCGACGAGCGUAGCCUGCUCCUUUCCCGGACUUCGUCCAUUGCCUCCAAGGAAGAGGAUGUCGCCUUCGAUAUCUGGCACGACCUUGGUGCGCUCAUCCGUCGGACGAUUCCCAUAUGUCUCUCCUUCGCUCUGCAAAACGCAGUACAAGCAAUCAGCGCCUUGAUAGUCGGCGGCAGUCUGGGCUCCUUCGAGUUGGGAGUCACAUCCUUCGGGUUCAUGUUCUUCUCCUGCACCGGCACUAUGAUCGCCAUCGGCGGCGCAACAGCACUGGAUACAUUAUGCGGUCAGGCGUUCACAUCCCACUCCGUCGCAGACAAUCCCAAGAUCCUCGGCCUCCUCUUGCAGCAGUGCUUGAUUGUAUUGCUUGCAAUCUUUGGCAUCUUCUUUGCGCCGAUCUGGGUGUUUUCGGGACACCUUUUCAUCGCCCUGGGUCAGCAGCCAGACUUUGCUUUUGCGAUAGGCAAGUUUCUGGUCCUCAUGUUGCCGUCCGGCGUGCUACAGAUUGUGGCCGAGUCGUUGAAGAAGUUUCUGCAGGUUCAGGGCGAAAGCAACAUUGUCGGAGUGUCUACUGCCGUGGCCAGCUGCUUCGGGGUUCUAGUCACCUUCGUGCUUGUUCGAUGGACGACGCUGCGUCUCUGGGGUGUGCCUUGUGCCUUCUGCAUCUACCAAUUUGUCACGGUUGUUGCCCUUCUUUGCAUCAUUUCCAGGAAGCCUGCCGUCAGAAAGACCUGGCGCGGGUCUGUUGUUGGCAUCGAGAAGGGGAUAUUGCGUUUGCUCUUUUAUGCCGUCACGGGGAUUUUUACUUGUGCCACAGAAUGGUGGAGCUUUGAGAUACUCGCAAUGAUGGCUGCAAGGUUGGACCCCAGCUCUAUUGGAGCCCAGAGUAUACUGAUGUCUUCCGACCUGCUGCUCACGACCGUCGCACUUGGGAUAAGUGUAGCCUCCAGCCACCGCAUCGCUGGCUUUCUCGGUGCCGGCAGGAGUCGUGAAGCGCGGAGAGCAGUGGCCACACCAUACCUCCUCUCAUUCAUCAUUGGGGCCAUCGAAUUCGUCGGGAUCAUGCUUGCCAGAAAGAGCUACGGUCGUAUUUUCACCGACGAUGAGGCCGUCAUCAAAAAGACGGCCCAGGUGCUCCCUCUGAUGGCCGGCUUCCAGGUCCUGGAUCUUUCCAACGGCGGCGCCAGCGGGAUCCUAAGAGGCGCGGGCAAGACUCAUUUGGCGGGCGUCUGCAAUUUCGUAGCGUAUUACGGCGUGGGCUUGACGACGGCGUGGUUCCUGUGCUUUCGCAAGCAGUACGGCGUCUUUGGCUUGUGGGCGGGCAUCAUCUCAGGGAGCGGCGCUCUUCUCGUCCUGCAGUCUUUUUGCAUUCUGACCAUUCGGUGGAAGCAGUUGGCUAGAGAUGUUUCUAGGUUACAUGCCUCAUCGGACUAG